CAAGAUGUGUGGUUCCUGCAGGAUAUAGUGCCAAGACAGAGCAUCAGUUACAUCACUUUGCUGAUGCAUCCGAAGAUGCCUAUGGAGCGGUGACAUACCUGGUGGUACGGAACUCUAAAGGGUAAGUCUGUAGCAGUCUUGUCUUUGCCAAGUCUCGCCUCGCUCCAGUGAAGAAGACUACGAUUCCUCGUCUCGAAUUGAUGGCUGCUACUGUUGCGGUGAAGUCAGAUGUCUUAGUGAGGAGAGAACUGGAUCUACCACUAAAGGACUCUGUGUUCUGGACUGACAGCAUGAUUGUAUUGGCAUACAUUAAGAAUGAAGACAAAAGGUUUCACACCUUUAUUGCCAAUAGACUGUCUAUGAUUCACUCUGCCAGUGAUGUGAAGCAGUGGCAUCAUGUCAACACGAAAGAGAAUCCGGCUGAUGACGUCAGUAGAGGCAUGAGUGCUAGGGAUCUCGUGGCUAGUGAGAGAUGGCUUCAUAGGCCAAAAUUCAUCCUGUUGACUGAAGAGCAGCAGAGCCAAGAUCCAGAAGCUGAUGAUAUCCUACUAGACGAUGAUCCAGAAGUAAAGACUGUGAAGGCUUAUGCCGCUGAGACUGAUGUUGAUGUACCAAUUGCGGCUACUGAUGAACUGUUGAGCUACUUCUCAGAUUGGUACAAGCUUAAGAAGGCAGUAGCUAGAAUCUUGCAGUUUCGGGAAUAUCUUCUGUGCAAGGUGCGGAAGGAGGUAUUUGACUGUAAGGUGCUUCUUACAGUGGAUGACAUGAGAGAGUCUGAGCAGGCAAUCCUGAAAUAUGUUCAGCGCCUGGCAUACCCAGCUGAAUACCAGGCAAUUGAGGAGAAGCCAGCCUUGAAUGGAAAGCAGAGGGCUAGUAAGUUGAAGAAGUCCAGCCCUCUCUAUAAGUUAGACCCUAUGAUGAGCAGAACUGGGUUGCUGUGUGUUGGAGGCCGCCUUAGGAAUGCAGAGCUGAGUGACGAGAUGAAGCAUCCCAUCAUCUUACCACCCAAGCAUCACGUGGUAACACUGUUAGUGAGACAUGUUCAUGACAUGGUGGGACAUUUAGGCAGAGAGCAUGUCCUAUCGAUGCUGAGGCAGCAAUUCUGGUUGAUCAGAGGGAGGUCUACUGUGCGACAGGUAAAACGGGACUGUUUUAAGUGUAAACGCCUGUCGUCUCCAACUCUCGGGCAGAAGAUGGCUGAUUUACCUAGUGAUCGUGUGGCGUUUGACAAGCCACCAUUUACUAAUGUUGGAGUGGACUGUUUUGGCCCUUAUCUUGUCAAACAGGGCAGAAGCCAAGUGAAGAGAUAUGGCUGUAUCUUCACUUGCCUAUGUGUGAGAGCCGUGCACAUAGAGAUCUUGCAUUCUAUGGACACUGAUUCAUUUCUGAACGCUCUUCAUCGAUUCAUGGCUCGCCGUGGAAGACCAGAGCUCAUCAGAUCUGACAACGGCACGAAUUUCGUCGGAGCAGAGAGAGAGCUGCGAGAGGGGUUAAGUAGAUGGAACCAGCAGAGAAUUCAUGACCAUCUACUCCAGAAAGGCAUUGAAUGGAGGUUUAACCCACCAGCGGCCUCGCACAUGGGUGGAUGUUGGGAACGCCAGAUAAGAACGACGAAGAAGGUGCUCGGUACCUUGAUGAGACAGCAAGUGCUGUCUGACGAGAACUUAUCAACGCUGAUGUGUAAGGUGGAGUCCAUCAUCAACGGGCGCCCUCUGACAGUAGUGUCGGAUGAUGCGGUGGAUCCAGAACCCCUCACUCCGAAUCAUUUGCUCCUGCUGCGGGGUAAUGGUACUGGGCCGCCUGACCUCUUCGAGGCACGAGAUGUGUAUAGCAGGCGACGAUGGAGACAGGUUCAGUACCUUAGUGACAUUUUCUGGGAGAAAUGGAGGAAAGAGAAUCUUCCUACACUCCAAGCGCGACAAAGGUGGAACGAGCGUGAGCGUGAUGUUAGCGUGGGUGACAUCGUUCACAUCAUGGAAGAAGCACCACGAAACCACUGGGCUGUCGGUCGCGUUGUAGAGAUUUUCCCAGGCAAGGAUGGGCUAGUUAGGUCAGUUAGGGUGCAAACCAAAUCAUCGACCCUUGUUAGGCCAAUUCACAAGCUGUGUCUUUUGGAAUCAGUGAAUCAUAGAUAGGUAUAUUCUAUCCCCAGAUAGGUACAAGUUUUACCCCUGUGUUUGUUUCUUAGAGCACUCUAUUUGACAGAACUGAAAUUCGAUAGAGAGACAUUUCAAGAUGAAUAGACAUUUUGACAAAUGAACAGAGAAAUCAAAGUACAGUUUACACCAUGGACUGUUAUUUGAAAGGACUAAUAAUUCUGCAUAGAGUGGACUCAUUUAUUACUCUGAAAGAGGACAUUUCAAGUAUUCACCUGUAUAGCAGACUAGUGGACUGGUUGCUUAGCAACAGGAGCCUUAUCGGACUCUUUUUCGUACAGACAACACAUCAAUAUCAAAUUCAUGUAUUAAUGUGCAUGUAUAUUGUUGUGAUGUUUGUUUUAUAUACAUGUAUAAACAUUAUUCAACAGGUUGUUUUCAAGAUAGAAAUCACUAUUUUAUCAUGCAAUUGCAUUUUGUGCAGAGAUUUACUUUUUAAAGAGGGAGAUUAUUUAAAAGGAGAUGAGAAUUUAUCAAUAUUGAUGUUUUCUGACAUUGCAAGAAAUUGCUAAACUAUGGGAUUCUUAGGAGUAAAAUAUUUGAGAAUAUGGAAUUUUCUUUAGAUCUGUGUUGUCUUCCAGUAUAUACACAUUUACUGCAAACAAAUUAACAUAUUGAUAAUGUGUUUCAGGUACAAGUAAAGACAGUCAUGUGUAACAGAGCAUUUAAAUUGUCAAAAUAUUUUCUUUUUGAUAUAUGAUGUUAUAAAUGAUUGCUUUUAGCUCACAUUUAAGGGGCCGGUAUGUUACUGACAGGAAGUUUUCUCCUGUGUUUGAUAAAAUCAUGUAACGAUAAGUCGGGAAAUGCUGACGUCAUAGACGAGGCUUUUUGGGGAAUUGACAUGUAUUUGACUAUUGAGGGCGUUUCUUCGCAUGCCACUGAUUUUCCUUGUUUGGAACGGUCGGACGACCGUGAGGUUGUGAUGAUAAAUUAAUUCUUUUUGAUGAGCCCAACGUUAUUGAACCGUGCUGAUACGUGCUGAAGUAUCUUGUCAGCGUGGUC